CAGUACAAAACAAUUCUUUGAUUUUCUCUUAUGGGAAUAAGAACAAGAGAAGGAAUAACAAAUAAUCCCUAAAUCUUAUUAUAAAAAUUCCAGUCACUGUAAUGGCGAGAAAGAUAGAACUUUGAAACCUACACACAAAUUGAAACGACAUCGUGGCAUCUUUGUUCUUUUCAUAUGCGCCAAAACUGAGCACAGUGAUAAACCACCGCCAGAAACUUCUGUUUCAAUUCAACAUUCCUAUAUCUAUUUUAAAUUGUGGAAAUUUCAUAUAAUUCUCUCAAUGUACAUAAGAAAAGGAAGAGGAAGGGGGAGGAUUGGUAAACAGUGUAUAAUUAAUUUAUUAUAAGAACUGAUGAUGAAGAAGGCACAGGCAUCAAUGUUUCCGGUGAAGCCGAUGCGCCGCGUGCUCUGGUUGGUGUGGAAGAUGGUGAUUUUGACGUCUAUCGUUCUUUGUCUAUGGGCUUUCUUCAGACUGCAGAAGUACUCGGAAUCCCCGGUUUCUCCUUAUUCAACGUUGCCUCGGAAAUCUCGAGUAUUCCUUGAUCAGUUCGAAGGUAAUCCCAAAAUCGCGUUUCUAUACCUCGCUCGGAGAGACUUGCCUCUCGAUUUCCUUUGGGGAAGCUUUUUCGAGAAUGCAGACGAGGCAAAAUUUUCAAUAUACAUACAUUCAGAGCCUGGUUUUGCUUUUGAUGAAUCAACAACGAGAUCUAGUUUCUUCUACAAUCGACAAUUGAAAAAUGGCAUUAAGGUAGUUUGGGGAGAAGCAAGUAUGAUUGAAGCGGAGAGGUUGUUACUUGAUGCGGCUCUUGAGGAUCCAGCAAAUCAGAGAUUUGUUCUCUUAUCAGACAGCUGUGUCCCUUUGUACAACUUCAGCUAUAUUUACAACUAUCUCAUGGCUUCUCCAAAGAGUUUUGUGGACAGUUUUCUUGAUAAAAAAAAUGAGCGAUACAAUCCAAAGAUGUCACCAGUUAUACCACAGGGCAAAUGGCGGAAAGGAUCGCAGUGGAUCGCCUUAAUCCGUAGCCAUGCUGAAGUCAUUGUAGAUGAUGAAGUUGUCUUUCCUGUUUUCAAAAAGUUUUGCAAGAGACGACCGCCUGUGGAUGUUAGUUACGGAAAGCAUAAUCUUAAACUUCAGAAACAACACAAUUGUAUCCCGGAUGAACAUUAUGUGCAGACCUUACUUGCAAUGAAUAAUCUUGAAGCUCAACUUGAACGAAGAACAGUGACAUACACUGUAUGGAACCUAUCGGCGACAAAAAUGGACAAUAAAGGCUGGCAUCCUAUCACAUUUAGCUAUGCAGAUGCUGGGACUCAACAUAUAAAGAGGAUAAAGGUUAGCAGAUUGCAUCUCUCUCUCUCUCUCUCUUUUCAGUGGACAAUAAUGUCUGAUUGUCUGCAAUGGAGAUAGACCAUAACAAUGACAAUAUGAGCACGUUGUUAUUAGAGCAUGUUUGA